UAGAGUGAAAACCAAAGCACUGGGAGCUGUCAGUGCGGUGCGUCACAGCCAGGGACAAGGCGCAGCGAUGGACGUUCUUUCCGCUAUUCUCUCAGCACUUUUGCUGCGGUUUGUCGUUGCUGAUAACAGAAUACACUGGACAUACACAGAGGGAGCUUUGGAUCAGAAACACUGGGCAACAGAGUAUCCUUCAUGCGCUGGUAAGAAGCAGUCCCCAAUUGACAUCCAGCGGCGCAACGUGAAGCACAACCCAGACAUGUUACAACUGGAGCUCAGCAAUUACGAUACUCAGGAGGGGAAAUUUCUCAUGACCAACAACGGCCACACGGUUCAAAUCGACCUACCCCCCACCAUGAAGAUCAGCCAAGGCCUCCCGGGGAUAUACACAGCUGUCCAGAUGCACCUGCACUGGGGAGGCUCGGACCAGGAGGCCAGUGGAGCAGAGCACACCAUAGAUGGAGUCCGCUACAUGGCAGAGCUCCAUAUCGUUCAUUACAAUUCAGAAAAGUAUAAAAGCUUCUCUGAGGCUAAAGAUAAGAAUGACGGGCUGGCGGUCCUCGCCUUUGUCUACGAUGAUGGUCACUUUGAGAACACUUACUACAGCGAUUUCAUUGCAAACUUGGAGAAAAUCAAGUAUGCAGGUCAGUCCAUGAACAUCACGAGCAUCAACGUGCGCUCCAUGCUUCCCGAGAACCUCAACCACUUCUUCAGAUACGAGGGGUCGCUCACCACGCCCCCCUGCUUUGAGAGCAUCAUCUGGACGGUGUUUGACACCCCCAUCACUCUUUCCCAGAACCAGAUCCGGAGGCUGGAGAGCACUCUGAUGGAUGUGGACAACAAAACGCUGUUGAAUGACUACCGCAUCGCUCAGCCGCUCAACGACAGAGUGGUGGAAUCAUCCUUCCUCCCACGCCUCGGGAAAGGAGCAUUUUGUCGACAAGAAGAGAUAGAGUCCAGGCUGGAGAGGAUCGAGGGUUUGAUAACAUCUCUGGGAAAGAACCUGUACGCCGGAGGAAAUCGCAGCCCAAAUCCUCCCAGAUAUGACCACAGUGAUCUGUUUCCUCUGGUGUUUGGUUUCCCUGAGAGGAAUUAUGGCAGUUAUGCCUUGGCGCGCCUCAACCACCCGAUGAAUCUGGACUCCUUCACCACCUGCAUGCAUGUCUUACCCCAGGGCCCGGGCGUCCACACUGUCAUCUCCUACUCCAGCGAUGGCAAUGACAACGAGUUGACCGUCUCCAUCAGCAAAGACGCGGACUCCGGAGAGAUCGGGCUCUGGAUCGGCAACGAGUUUGUCAACAUGCCGUACACUUUUAGGUCACAGGACUGGACGAACUACUGCAUCACCUGGUCUUCUCACACCGGCGGAGCAGACAUCUGGAUCAACGGGAUGUUGGGCGAGCAGCGCCACCUACGGAGCGGCUACACCAUCCAACCUGGAGGGGAGUUCAUUCUGGGUAAAGACCAGGACGGGGUGCUAGGAUUGUCCGACGCAGACGCCUUUGUGGGCAAGAUGACUGACGUCAACGUGUGGGACUAUGUGCUGAGCAUGGCAGAAAUCCGCACCCAGAUGUCAUGUGGGAGGAACAGCAGCAUUGUGGGAAACGUGUUCAGCUGGGGAAGCACUAAACUUAGCAUGUACGGUGGGGUGCAGCUGGAUAGCCAGUACAGAUGCACCUGAAUGGCCUGCCUGUUGUUUUAUGAGCUUUAAAUGCUGCAUGGGAUUAUUACUGCUGAUAGUGGGGCUGUAGAUGUAGGUCAUGUAGAAUGAAGUGCUUCUCAGACACCAGGUUUUAUAUUUAAAUGUAUUUCACAGCUUCAUCCAUGUAUUUGCAUAUAUGCAUCAACAAUAAAGGCUUAAAAGACUCU